GGAAAGUUAUUAGCAAAGGCUGAAAAAUGAAAACAGAGAAAAAGCAGAACGAACAGAAUUGCAUACCUAGUGCGGUGGUUAAGGAAGAGGCUGAGGGUGAUGGCGUUAAAAUUAAAGAGGAAGGCAAUGGGGGAAGUCAUGAUGAUGCCACUGGUGAUGACGGGAAUGAUGCUCAGAGAGAUGCUGGCUUGGAUCAGGGUAAUGGAGAUGCUAAUAUGCCCAUUGACAAUCAGAAUGGUACAACCAAUCAGCCCAUAUUGAAUUCGGUUAAGCAGGAGAGUGAACACAGUAAUGCUAAUGAUGAUUUGAAUGCUGAUAAUAUUCAGCCAUUAGUUAGCAAUGUUUUGGGUAAACAAAUGGGGGGUAGUGGUUGUGGCGAGGCCCAAUAUAUGCAACAGCAGAGCCAGAUUUUUGUAUUCUCAACGCAAUGGGCUAAUAAAGGAGCUGAAGCAGUUCUCCAAGGACAAUUUCCCUCGAUCGUUGCUUACCACUGCUCGCAGCCACAGACGAAGAAAUAUCUUGAGAAACAUCCCAACAAGAUAAAUCAAUUUCGUCAGAACCCAGCGCAAUGGUUAAACAAUAUUGCAAUGAUGAAGCAGAAAGGCCAGCACCAGCCCCCAACCCCAAAUUUUCCUCCAGAGCAGCCAAGUGACUUGCCACCACUGGAUCCAACAGCUCCAUUCUGGAAUGAUCAGCCGAGCCUCCGUAAUUUGAACGGUGGUAAUGCAGCAGAGUCCACACUGGAUGAUACGAAUAUAGAUGUGCCUUGUCUCGGUCCAAGUUCACCGGGUAAUCAACAGACAAAUAGUCAACCACCUGGUAAUCCAGCAAUGGGACAGAGUCCAGGUUUACUCGGUAGAACGAGCCCUGGUGGUCUCCAGCCAUCACUCCAGGGUGUUAAAGUACCAGAUGAAAAUUUAACACCUCAGCAGAGGCAACACAGGGAGUCACAGCUUGCUACGAUAGGUAAACUCCAGAUGAUGCUCUUUCCAGAACAGAAGGACGACUCCACUGGUCUCCUCGAUCCAGCCCAUGUACCUCCUGCCGGAAAUUGUCCUGCUAGUAAUGUUCCUCCUGUUAGCACAUCUGGAGGUCCCUGCUCGACGAAUAUGGAGUGGCACAAAUUGCAACAUCCAUUUCUCGAUGGAAAAAAUAAAGUUGGCGUGGGCAGUCCAGGUUCUCUACGGGGUUCAGGAAUGGUGGGUGGUGUACCCCGGAGUCAAGGGCCUCCUCCUCCAUACCACCAAACAGCCCGUUCGGCGAGUGUCCCAAUAGCAAUUCCCAGUCCAAAUCCAUCAUCACCCAACAACCCAACCUCCAACCUAUCCCUACCAUCGCCACGUGCCAGUUCAGCCCUCAAUUCACCAGCUGACUGCAAUCGACAGUUUCAACUGAAUCCCCCACGUGCAGGUCACCUGCCAGGCCAGAGUCCGACUAGUCAGGACUCACCAACCCCUGCCAGCCAGCCAUCCUCAUCAGUUCCACCUUCCCGACUAAAUCACAGUAAUCCUGGAACUCCAGUCUCCCACUCGCAUUUAUCCUCCCUCAGUCCCAGCAACACAACUCCUCAGAAGGAGCCUCAACUCGACUUUCCCCCCAAUCAGCCUUCCAAUGUCGAGGGAAUGUUCUGUCGAACACUACAAAAUCUCGCCCAGCAAAAGCAACAGCAGCAGCAACAGCACAACACACCAGGUGUAAAAGAGGCAAAUCUGAUGCCAGUCCCAAGCCCCCAGCAGAUACAGUACAUGAAUACCUUCGACGGCCAGGAAUUGACCAUCCAAAAGCAGCCGAACACUAGUCUAAAAGACCCCAGUCUCCAAACAAACAACAAUACGACCAAUAAUCAAGACUUAUCAAGUCGAAUGCUUCCAGCCUCCCUAGAUAACAACAAUCAAUUUCCAGGCAGAACAGAGGGCACCAGUCCCACGAUAGAGAGUAUGAAUCGUGGCUUCGGUGGAUCCCUCCACAGCCCCCAUACACCCCACACUCCUCACACACCAGGAGGCGCCCCUCAGACACCAGUCGACAACAAGCAGAAUAACAACAACACCACUAAUAACAAUAAUAACAAUAGCAAGACUUCUGCGAGUGCCCAGAGCAGUCCAGUCCCAAUGACUCCAAAUCUGGGUGACAGUAUGGGUCCACCGAGGACAAUCCCAGCAUCACCAAGCACAAAACAAGAAACGUCUUCGCCAUCUUCCAAGGAUAUAAGUCAGCCACAACAGCCUCAACAGGUCUCCCAGCAGUCGCAGAUACAGUCGCAAAUGCAGUCGCAAAUGCCACCACAGCAGUCACAAGCCCCUCAAAAUCCUCAGCAGUCGCAGAUGAAUCAGCAGAGCAAUCAGAGCAGCAGUGGAGUACCAAUGGGUCAAAUGAACGCAUUCCCCUGCAGCAGACCUCCAGUCAAUGUCAGCCAACCGGACAAUGUACCUCUGAAUCCCAAUAAUAUUGGUGGUAGGAUGGGGGGUAUGGGAGGUAUGAAUGCCAAUCACUUCGAUCCAAUAACUUCAUUGGCACAGAUGAGUCAGCAACUGACGAAUACAGCUGCCAGCAAUGCCCUGGGAAAUGAUGGGCCGAUGCAUGGGGGAAAUAUGAUGCCCUUUGGGGCACCCCAUGGAAUGCACAUGAUGCAAAUGGGGGGCGAGUUAAAUGGCUGUCAUCUGGGACCUGUUAAUGAACCCAAUGACGUGGGUAUGUGCAUGGGAAUGCCUGGAGGCCCACCAGCCAGCUACAGCCCAACGACAUCGCACACUGGCAGUCCCACCAUUGGACCCAAUAAGAUAUCCCAUGGAAUGAUGGGUCAUGGAAUGAUGCCGGGGCACAAUGUACCUGGGGGAUAUCCUGGCAGCGAGCAUGUGCCACCACCGAGAUUGAUGGGGCACAAUGUCGGGCCCAGUCCUUACAAUGGGGCCAAUAUUCAGGUGAAACCCAGUGCUCCCAAUACCAUUCAGUACUUACCAGCUAGGCCCAAUGUUGGACAUCCACCCAGGGGCCCUUCCAAUCUCGAUUUGAAUUUUCUCCAGAGAUUUACUAAUCCUCCAAUGCAAAAUAUGGAGAGUAAGAUGUCUUCGCCAUCGGUUAAUUUACCCUAUUUUCCAAAUGGAUGUAUGCCUAAUAAUAUGGGGGGCCCACAUUCGGGUAUGAAUAUGGGCCCUGGUGGGCUUCCAGGAAUGGGGGGAGGUCCGCCCAGGAUUGAUGGACAGAUUAAUAGUCCUCAUGGGGGUAUGAGGCCAGCACUUCCCAAUAUGAGGCCACAGCCUAAUAUUAUGAGGAUGCAGCAUAUGGUGGGGGGUGGAGUUUUUCCGGGGAGUCCCAUGGAUCCUGAUAAAGUCUUCCCUCCUGAAAUGGCUCAGCAAGUGGGCAAUCAACAGAAUCCUGGGAUGUAUGUGCCUGGUAGCAAGGGCAGUCCUAUGGGACUUGGACCACCACCUGAUACCACACAACCAUUGCCUCCCAGUAUGGGUGGGGGUAGUAGUAAUUUUAAAAAUAGCCCAUUUGCUGGGGGACCCAGUAUGGCUGAUCCCAAUUAUGCACAACAGUUUCAUAAUUUUCAACAGCAACUUUAUGCUACUGGCUCCAGAGCAGCUGGCCCACCACAACCACCUCCACCGCAUCCUAAUAUUCAUCCACCUGGUAAUUCUCAUUCGCAUCAGCAGUUCUUCAUGCCCAAGUAAGAUGCUGUUUUUUGGAAAUUCCUCGGGAGUCAAGGGUUGCCGGUUUAUUUAUUAUUUUUUUCGAGUGGAUUGAUCUGUGGGACAAUUUUUUCGGAAGAAAUUUUUAUGUCACUUUUUUCUUUGAGAGUAUAACAUUUUUUUACUCGAUCAAAAAAUUUCUCUCGUUUCGUGUCACGAGGUAAUUUUUUCAAGAAUUUAAUUCUUGAAAAGAAUGUCUCAUGAUAUUUUCAAGUAGAAUCAUGUAUUCUGAAGGUAAUUCGACAGCUGAUAGUCGACGCUUUACUCCCGAUUAAUUCCCACAAUUUCUAUAAUUUUUCAUGUAAAAUUUCUAUGAGAUAAACUAUCAAUUUGUAAAAUUCUGUCGUCCAUCAAUGUCCUUGUUUCGUAUUUUUCAAGAUUCCAAUUGCAGAAACAAUGUUCCGUGCAAUAUGUAACUUUGUAUGAAACUAAAUGAAAUGAAAUAAUGAAAAAAAAAUGAAUCAGCCGAAAUUUUUGCCGGUGCGAAGAGUGUAAAUUAUUGAUUGACAAAAAAAAACAAUAUAAAUAACAAGUGGAACGUAAAUAUGAUGUAAAUAUUUGUGUAAAAUCAGGUUGUUUUUAAUUGUUUUCAUUCUCCUCUUUGUAGUACAACUGAAAGUCUCUACCGGGCCAGAAAUAGUCGUAUGUGAGAGGGGUGUUGUUCCAAAAUGAAAAACCAAGGAAAAAUCAAUUAUCGAAGAUUAUUUUACGGAAUGUUUAUUGAUUUAUGUUACGAGUGUACCGUUCCAUGUACAAGACUCCAGCGUAAUUGAAACGAAGGAAAAAUUUGAGAUAAUUUUGUUGGUGCAGAAAAUGGCCUCAACUGUGCAUCAAAACGACAAAACAAUGUUAACGGUAAUUUAUUCUUCCGUUGUCAGAAUAACACAAGAAAAAAAAAAGAACAAAAUAUACUUUAAAAAAA